AUGGAGACCAACGCCUCGACUGUUCUUAAGGCCAGAAUUGCAUUACUAGCCACUGCAAUAGGUGGUCCUGAUUAUGCGUCGAACAUCGAACCGCCUCCAUAUAAAUUAGGUGAUGAUUGUUUGGCCUGUUUAAGAGAUUUGAAAAGAUGGUUCAAACUAGUUGAUGAUGAACAAAAUAGAUGGGAUGUCGCCAUGGCUGCAGCAGAAUAUAGAAUCUUAACUGAUGAUUUGAUACCGAUUUUAAUCGAUUGGGAAAAUAAAUCCUCUGCUUUGACGAAAUUACAAAAUAAAAACAAUGAUCAAACCGUAAUGGAAAAUAUAGAGACUACCUUGGGAUUUAGAAAUAAAGUGUAUUACGAUAAAGUUGCAUUAAGUUCUUUGCAAUUAUUGGUAUUGAUGACAUGGCCAUUGGUCCUAACAGAUCAGUCUACUUCAAGCCAAAUCGCUGUUUAUUCUGAGUUAAAGAAACAUCAACUAAUAUAUAAGAAGGAAAUUUUGACUGUUGACAAUGGGAAAGUGUUGAAAGCAGCAAUUCGUUUAGCCUUAAAUGUUUUCAAGAUCGAUAGAUUAUCUAGAACUCCAAGAGAUAAUAUGAUUAUUAAAUUAGUUCUUAACUUCUUCAGAAACGUUGCCUCCAUUGAACCAGGAAAUCUGACAAUUACAGUUGGUAGAUCACUACCGCGUGGUAUCAAUUCGAUUGAUACCUUACCACCAAAUGUCACAAUGGAUGAUAUAUCAUUAAAUGCAGUCUUAAAUUGUUUCCAUCGUAAUAAAGUUUAUGGCCUCUUAUUAACACUAUCCAGUUCAUUAACUACAGAAUUUGAUCAAGAUUUCAUCAACAUCCCCUUAUUGGAAAUUAUGUUUUUCUUAACUAAAGAUGUACCACAACAAGCAUUAUUUCCCGUACCAUCGCCAAAGACUCGUAGUACGACAAAAAACAAGGAUAGACAAGAAAAUGUAACUAUACCCUCACAUAGUUCAUAUACUGGAUUCCAAUUAUCUGAUUUACUGAAAAAGGAAAAUGAAAUGAAGAAAAAUGUAAUCAGAAACACAUCAACAAGGCAUUCUAAUUUCGGUGCUUUAUUAUCAGUACAAACUCCUAAUGGUAGAAUAUCUGUCUCUGGUACUCAAGGUUUAUUAGACGAUGCCAAAGCUUUAGAUAAGAUUGAUAGAAGGAAAAAAUGGAAUAAAAGAAGGGUAACGAAAUAUGAAAAUAAUCCGGGGCAAGGUUUACCUAACAGUUUAUUAAAUUCACAAGGUACAUCUUUCUAUUUCCAAGAAUCUACUCUCAAGUAUUUUAAAAAAUUCAUAAACAAUUUUAUUGGUUCUGCUUUCAACACUUUGCUGCAUAGUAUUACGAAUUAUUAUACGACUGAACAAGAUAGAGUAGUUACGUUAGAAAAGGUCGAAUAUCUUUUAUUCUUUGGAUGGUUCCUAAAAUAUCAAGUUUUAAGAUGUAAAUAUGAUCCAACCGCCGACAUAACAAUGGUUAGCGGAGCUUUAAGAGAAACAUCUUUCAUCCUAGUAUUGUCAUUCUUAAGGACAGCUUAUGAAAUGAAACAUUUCAUAGUUGUUCAUGCUGGGAUGAUAGCUUUUAAUGAAUUAUUGGUAUUGGUCCAAAAUUGUAAAGCAAAAGAAAAUGAUGAGGAUAUCGAAUUUAUUAUUAGUAAAUUAUUUAGUAACGAAAGAAUCCAAUUAUUGUCCAAUUUACCCAAAACAGCCUUCAAACAUACUCACCAAUACAUGAAAAGUUGUGUUGAUAUUACCCACACAGUUUUGAAAACGUUAGAGCAAUAUACUUCGGAAGAUAAAGCACUUAUUAUUGAAGGGAAAUCAAGACGUCGUAGGAAUAUAAGUGUUACAAAAGAACAAAUUGAGCAAUUGAUAAAAGAGGAAGGUGUUGAUAGAGAUGAAGCAAUUGAUAUGUUAACUCCACACUUUGUCGAGGUGGAAGUCAAUUUCGAGAGAGUACAAAGAUCAUAUAUAAAUGAGCAAACUAUUGACACAUAUAUGAAUUUCUUACAAAGAUAUGAUGAAUUGGAACCAGAAUAUAUCAAGAAAGUUAUAACUUUCUUCCAUAGAGUGUUCAUUCAAGCAAAGGAAGAAACCAUGUUAUUUAGAUUGGACUUGAUUGUACUUUUCAGAGAUAUGUUGGCCCCAGAUGGUAUAGAUAGGACAUCCAGGGUUCGCAAACAUGUUCAAGAUUUUGUUGAUUACUAUUUGAAUAGAUUAAACAAAAAACUUAAAAGUUCUCCUACAUGGUUCAUAGAUAUUUUAUUCCCAUCUAUUCAUGACAGUGAAAUCGGUUAUUUCCAAAGAUAUGGGGAAAGAAAAGCUAAAGCAAAUGCUUCGCUAUUUGGAGUUCCACCCAGUGUUUUCAAGAAUAUUGAAGACGAACAUAUGCUACCGCCUGCAGUAUUGAAGGAUAUGAAGUAUGGUAUUCUUGUUUCGAGUUUAAUUGACGACGAUAAGACAGAGUUACUUGAAAAGUUAAUUGAACAUAUAAAGCGUGCCAUAGACAUUUUUUCGUCAUGGUUGACUGUUAAUAUCAAUAAUGGGAACGAAACUGCUAAUCCACCAAAUGAGACUUUUAAAUUACAAGAAGUAAGUGCAAGAAAUCCAUUAUUGUCUGAUAAAGAUUUUAGAGCAUUACUACAGUUGAUCGGGUAUCAAAUUCCAAUGAAUCAUCUGGAGCAAUGUAUACUCCCUGGCACGGUUGAAAUUACAGCCCUUAAAGAGUCAUUAGAAUUGGUAAAGAAAUAUAUGAACAGUCCAUUUGAAACACCUAAUGGAUUACCAUCAUCUAGUUAUUUACUGAGACCUCGUUCUAAGUUCCAUGGUGAUGAUGCCGGCGAAAGUGAUGGUUGGGUUGGAAAUGAAGAAUACGACUACAAUGAUCGUUCGAUUAUCAAUGAUGACGAGGUUAUCCCAGAUGAUAAUGACUAUUUUAAAGACCUGGGUAACGCUGAAAACUCUAUUGAAAGAUCAAAUCAUAAGGGUAUUGCGAAGUCCAAGAGGAAGCCAAAGAGCACAGCUAGGAAUACAAAGAAACCAAUUAGAAGAAGGGGUAACAGACUUCCCGAUCACGAUAUUGAUGAUGAAGAUGAUGAAGGCACUACACAUUAUAAACGAUCACACCAAGCUAUUUCGAGUAAAGAAUAUAUUAGUGAUUCUGAUGAUGAUGAAGAUGAGCUAAUGAAUCCAAUUUUCUUUGAAAACGAAAUGUAUUUGAGAUGGUUAUUAGAUAAGCAUAAUGGACAAAUCCCACCAGAGAAAAACAUUCGAUUUGCACAGUUUGCCGCAGAAAGAAUGGCUAAUAAUGGGGAAACUACAUCUAAUUUUAUUGAACUUUUUGAUGGGCCUAUACCAAACCUUGAUGCAUUAAAAAGUUCCGAAGAUGGAACGGCCACUAAACAACCUGACAAUACAUUGAAAGACUUAUCUGCCCAUGUAGCAUUCAGUUUAGUUGAGAAUAAGUCUACAUGCGAUACUUCAAGUUCAACAGAUGAUGAUGCACAGACGUCUACAGCUACGUCACUGCAGCAAAAUAGAGCGUCUGAUGACGAUGAAGAAGAACAAGAAGGAGAGAAUGGGGACGCUACUGGGAGUGAUCGUGUCGAACAUGGCGGACAAAUCACUACAACUAGGCUACGGAAGCACCAUUUAGAUUCUGAUGACGGUGAGAAUGAAGAAGAUGGAGAGAAUGGUGGUGAUACCGCCGGUAUCAGUAGUAAACAUGAUGAUGAUACUGUUAAAGAAAGGGAGGAGGAAGAAAAUAAUGAAGAAGAAGGUGAAAUGGCAUCUUCAGACUCUGAAGUAACACCAAGAAAGAAAAGAAAGCAAAUAUUCAAACUUCGUCCUGAGCAAGACCCUUCUGAACCUGACCACCCCUUGGUGUGGCCAUACUAG